GCGAACAUGCCGCACCACAACAUCGUUUGCGAGUGGCUGCGCACUAUCGGGCUGCCGCAGUACGGCGAGAGCUUCCUCGAGAACGGCUACGACGAGCUGGAGAUCUGCAAGCAGAUUGGCGAGAUCGAUCUGGACGCCAUCGGCGUGGACAACUCCUCGCAUCGCGGCAAGCUGCUCAAGAGCGUGCGGGCGCUGCGCGAGAAGGGCGCUGCGAUUGUCUAUGUGCUGAUCAACGAUCCGAAGGCGCUCAGCAACAGCAACGAGAUUCUGGCCUCCGACUGCGACACGCCCAUUACCAUGAAGGAGCUCGAGGGCGUGAUGAAGCGCCACCUGGAGGCCGAUGGCAUACGCCUCACAGCCCAUCCCUACUCCUCGCCGGAGGGCAAACGCGGCUACUUGGAGGGUCUCGCUGCGCAUUAUAGCAAGCAGAUUAAUAUGCCCUACGAGGACGUACUGGAUGCCAUCGAGCAGGUGCGCGUGUCCAAGUGGAAGGAGCGUCAUGUGCGCAUCUCGACGGGACAUACGCUGACGCGACGCAGCGCUGGCGCCGGCAGCGGCAGCGGCAGUGGCAGCGGUGGCAGCGGCAGCGGCGGCAGUGGUAGCAGCAGCGCCACCGGCGGACUCGUGGGCUCCUCGGUGCUGCCCACCAGCCACAGUCAGCCGCUUUAUGUGCCCGGAAAGUAUUUGCCAUCGAGCUGUCUGUCGAAUCGCGAGGAGAACGAGAUCUACAGCUAUACCCAGAACGAUUUGGCCAAUCGGAUGGCCCGCAACGCCAUCGACUCCAAGUCGGCGUUCAAUUUGAAUGGCAUGCAGCACAGCUAUCCCGGAGCGCGCACCAACUUCUUUUACGACUUUUCGGCAACAGAGGGGCGCAACAAGAACAAACAGCGACGCACGGUAUUCGCCCGCUUCCUGCAAGGCCUGCGGCAGAGCGGAGACGAGCUCAAUGCCAACGAGGGCAUGCAACUGAAGACGAACGAGCGCUUGAAAAGCUGCGGUACCAUGAAGCGACCCGAACCGCCGCAGGACUUUGAGAAGACCAUACAGCGUCUGAAGACGCAGAAGGCGGCGCAGAAGAAACCAGCCAGCGCUCCCCUGGACAUGGCCCUGCACGAGCGCAACAAGGAGGUGGCCCACAGCCUGGCCACGGAGAUGCCAUUGAACAAUUACACGAAGCAUCCCUAGGACACGGUCAUCAGCAUCGAUGCUGCAUAAGAUUUACAUAUUUAAGUGACAGGCAUUCAUACAGGAGGAGGAGGAGGAGGAUAAUACGAGUUGGGCCCGGGUGAUACACACGUUAAGCGAGCAAUACGAAUUUAUAAUAAGCUUAGUCUAGUUGAUAGUUCAGUGUAAAGGUGAUAUUGAACAGUAUAAGAGCUAGUUGUAUAACAGUUGAUAGACAGUUCGCAGCGAACUGCAAAUAGACAGUUGAAGCCAUUACAAUAAUUACAAAAGCAAUCCAAUAGAUUAUUCACAUCCAACUCGAGACCCAAAGCCAGUUGAACUGAAUUUCAAGUUUUUUGUUUAACAUAUGCAUCGCAAGGACUUAAUUACAUUUAUUUUUGGGCGCACACAGAGAUACACACACACUCACACACAUACAGUUAGCUAAAAGCUGAAAGCUAAAAGCAUUCACAAAUCAAUCAAAAGUUCUUCUAACAUGCCAGAGCAUAUGCCAUACUUGAUAUUCCACGAGCUGCAUUCAGGCACUGAAAUAACUAGGGGCAAACGCAUUCGAAAACUUGGCAAGGAAUGUUGACAAAACGCGAAAUUCCAACAAGAUUAACGCUGAAUCAACACGACCACACACACCCAUACACACACACAUAUAUAUAGACGAAUGCACACGCACAGCAAACUUGCGCUAACCGCAGACGUUGCAUAGACAAUCCAGCAACUGUUGCUGGUUGCGGUCCUCGCUGCUCUGCCCGGAUGCUGCUGCUACUCCUGCUAGCUGACUGGAAUGGGUGCAUCUCGCAUUGGAGUGCAUCGAUUUUGGUCUUUGGCUUAUUGGGUGGGCGUUGCUGGAUGUGGGCAGCACUCGCUGCCGUUGGCUUUUUUGCAUUUUAAUUGCAUGUCGCGCAGAAAAGUAUGCAACGAAGUUGACACUGGCCAGAGCCAGGCUUCCCCUCUCUCUCUCUCUCUCUCUCUCUUUGUCUCUCUCUCUUUCACUCAUUCUUGCCCACCCUCUUGUUGAAUGGAAUUUGCAUUUUGCAAUGAAAGCGGGCAAAAGCAUUUGAAAUUCGCUUAUAAUUUUAUUUGCUUUUUGGCCGAGAGGCAGCAAAAAUGGUCGAUAAGAGAGACAGGCACGCCGUUGUCCUCGCAAUUCGCGGACUCACAAAUGUUUCAGUUCCUGUUGCUGGCGACUGCAUUUGUUAUUAAAUGUCUGCUGGCGCCUUAUGGAGCUGCCAAAAUUGAAACAUUUAGCGGAUACGUGAGUGCAAAACAAAACGCUCCAAAAACUAUGGCCAUUUAAUGGGGCUUGCGUGUCUGCGUUUCCGCAUCCACAGCCACAGCCACAUCGCCAUCCUCAUCCGUUUGUUGGCAGCCCUCAACGUGAUUAGCCAAAGUACUUUGCUGGCAGCCGAAAAGGCAGUUUUUGUCGCCGUUUUGCCAAAGAUAUCGACAGAGCCGUUCUGGGCAACGCUUUCGCCUCAGUCCAGCCAAUUCGCGGUGCAAAUCAACAAUUAUUGCAAAUUGUUGUAUUUGUGUAAUCUGAUGUGUGCAACGUGCUCCAUUAUGCCGGACUUGAAACUUGAUUGCGAAUCGCUUGCUUUAUGAAAUAUCCAUUAUUUCUCUCGCUGUUGUCCCAUGUGUGGGUGUGUGUGUGUGUAUGUGUGCACAUGUAUUAUUUGCUUUUAAUUUUUGUUAACGUGCAAUUAAGCUAGCGCUUGUGCUCGCGAUGCAGGCCUCGUUUGGCAUUUUAUCAUUUCAUCAUUGAAAUUUAAUUAAAUGCAAUGAAAGCUCAUUCGUAAAAUCAACCAGCCAUAGUGAAAUAGUAUAGAGACAAACAAAAUGCAAACAGUGAAAAAAGGUGAAAUUAAAUAUAGGCAAUAUAGGCAGUCAUGUAUUAAAUUGUGCGCCAUUUUAAAAUACAUACAGUACCGUUACAUGCAUGCACAUGCACACAUACAUAUAUAUCUCUCUCCCUGUAUGAGUGUGUGUGUGCAUGCCAAACACAAGCAGGAUUACAAUAGCAAUACAACGAAUCAGUUUAUACAUAUACGUACAUACAUACAUACAUACAUAUAUAUAUAAAUCUAUAUUUAUGUACGAGCAAAAGGUUUUUCAAUUUGUUGCAGGCUCAAUUUUAUCGUUUGGUAUAUAGGCAAAUAUUAAGUAUACGCAGCAGCAUAAUAUAUACGUACAAUAUAUAAUGGAAUGCAUGCAUUAAGUAAUAGAGUUCUUACUUCAAUCAAAGCUGCAUAUAUAUCUCUGUUAAUAUCACUUUAUAUAUACGUAAUACACAGAUUCAUAUGCAAAGUGCCAGUUGAAAUAAAGAAUGUGAACACGUCUAAUUGUAAGCCAGCUGAAUAUAAUGAAAGUAAAUAGGGAUAUUCAUACAGUCAAGUAGUCGAGUAUUCAUAGCUACGAUUAAGGCAAUGCGAAAGCAAUAACAUUUAGUGCUCGCCAAUCAAAAUAUUAAAAACAAAACCAAUUUUUAAAUGACCAUCGAAGUUCGUUGAGCCAUUGAGGAAUAAAUUAAUAUUUAAAGAGACAUCAAUACAAAUGGGGGCAUGCAUAUUUAUUGGCAGCGCAUAAAUAUAGAUGGGAUACAAAAUAUUUACAAUGAUAAAUACUAGAGUAAAAACUCAAAUAAUUAUAUAAAUAUAAAUAUGUAUACAUUUUCAAUUUAGAUUUUUAAGUGUUUAAGCAAAAUGCCAAAAUGCAUUUUAAAUGCCCGGCUCAAGCGAAAAACUUGUUUACACAAUUCGAAACAAAUAUUUAUGAAUAUAAGCGCAAAAAUAAAAAUAAAAAUAUGACAUUUCCACAUAUUUAUAUAUAUUGAUUACAGGCAUAUAUAAAUUUAGCAUAUGUAUUUUGAAUAAGCAUUUGGAAAACAUCCGACAAGCAGCACUAAACAAACGAUUUUAAUGUAUGCCACUUGGUUUAUGGCACACGGCACAUUUUGUAUUCAAAUAUAUAGGAAAUUUGCAUAUAUUGCGAGGCACGCUUGCAUCAAAUCGAACCAAAAGUAAUAUACAAUAAAAUAACAAGUGCAUAUGAAAAUGAAAAUGAAAUGAAUAAAAUGUUUUACCAUUGUA